AUGGCGGCCAGCGCGGUGCCGGUGAUCCCGGCGCCCCUCACGGGCCUUCCCUUCCUGAAGGCGUCCCACGUUCAGCUGGGGGCUGAGCGCUGGGCGCCGGGAAGCAACCGUCAGCCAUUUUCUCACACCCAGUUCCCCCCUUUCUGGGGGUUUUACAGGCCGGCGCCGGCCCCGCGGCCCCGCAGCGGGCGGGUGCUGAGACCGGCUGGGGCUGGCGGCGGGGAAACCUGCUCGGAAACCCGCCUGGCCUUUCCGGAGAGGCCCCUGCAGCCCGUGGCGCGGGUUGUUCCCCCAGAGCCGCGUGUCCGCAUGCACGCAGAUCCCCGCAUCCGUGUCCUCGCCUCAGUGACGAGGGAGAGCUUCCCCUGCCCCCGCACCCCCCCCCAGAGACCCCCCCUGCCCACCACCGAGAAGUGGAAAGAUAACAUUCCUUGUGGAGACAGAGAGAAAAUAAGGCUCCCUCCAUCCGUCUACACCCUCUCGUACCCAGCACAUGAGAUCCGUCCUGCCGCCAGGCCUUGGCGCUCGCACGGGGGAUGUGUUCCCACUAUUAAAGGCGAUGGACAGUCCUAUUACAACACUUCUUAUCAAGCACAGUUUAAGGGUGAAUGGAGUCCACCUGCAAAGCCAAGUGAAAAGCACGUGUCUCCUAUUACAUUUGGGGACCCCAGAAUCAGUGGAUCUGUGAGCGAGCACAAACAUGCCUACAGUGCCCCAGACAAGAGGACACACAGAGUCUACGACAAGGAACGUGCUACCUCCCAGAUCCACCACGUGAACCUGCGGCUGGGGGAUGGCUCCACCAGAUUCUCCACCACGACGUCAGAGUUCUUCCCAGUGCACAAUCUAGAGCCUAUAACUACUGCCCGUCCAAACAAAUAUGCCUCAUCCAUCCCCAGAGGCGAUGCAGACCCUGAGAGAAAUCGAGCGUUGGCAAGAACUACUACACAGCUCCUCUUCUACCCAGAGACUGACAGGUGGAACCUCGCACCGAAGCCUGACUUGCUGAAGCAUCAAAGCAACAUCUGCUUGGGAGAUGAGUGUUCAGGCUCCCGUUUUUUCAGCACAACGCAGCAGGCAGACUACCAGCCGCCCCAGCAGAGCCAGAGGGUGAUGGCUGACAGCAAGAGCCACCGUGAGAGCCACAUCCCCUUCAACUACCGCAAUGAAAGUUCUGUCACAACCACGCAGGCCAUGCUGGUCCCACACAGACAGCAGAAACGACGACUCUCUGAAGAGGUGCUACAGCAGAUCAAAUGCUCACACCUGGGGCUUCCCUGGAGGGCGCAGGACCAAUUCAGGACUGAGCAGAAAGAUGAGUUCACACCCAAGUCCAGAGGCCCACCAGAAAUCCAAAAGGCAAGCUCCCAAGUGAGCUGUGUCCCCCUGGGAACCCUGAAAGGAUACUCUCCCCAGAGGAAGGUUUUGAUGCAACUUCAGACACAGAAAGUAAAACUGGCUUUUGGGAUAAGGGUCUUUGCUUUCUAA